AAAAAUAACUAGAUUUCACUCAAUUUACAAUUUUCUUGUAUAAAACAACAAUUUCUGACUUUAUGUUUAAAUCUACGGAAUUCUUACGGUAUCUACUGAUUUAUGGCCGACAUAUAUCAUUGCAACAUAUCUUAACCUAAUAUCCGAAGUCCUCCUGGAAGUGACCCCUAGACAAACAAAAAUAACUAGAUUUCACAGAAUUUACAAUUUUCUUGUAUCAAACAACAAUUUCUGACUUUAUGUUUAAAUCUACGGAUUUCUUACGGUAUCUACCGAUUUUUGGCCGACAUAUAUCAUUGGAACAUAUCUUAACCUAAUAUCCAAAGUUCUCCUGGAAGUAACCCUAGACCACCCAGACUAGACACUAUUUGCAGUUGGUCUCAAUAAACCAAAAAUCAGUUGUUGUGCCCAAAUAUAGUGUUAAAAAUGCCGAAGUGUUCAGUAUUAGGCUGCAAGAAUCACAGUUUUUCAACAAAAGGCAGAAAUAUACACUAUUUUAAGUUUCCAAGUGAGCCUGGUGUAUGUAAUCGAUGGAUUGAUUUCUGUGGUCAAACUGUAAAUUUGAAAAGUGGUUCAAUAUGUUCAAUGCAUUUCAAAGAAUCAGAUUUUACUAUUUCUUAUAAGGUAAGAAAGGAAUUGGGGUUUAGAUGUGCACAAAAUCAGUACUUGCAUGAAAAUACAAUUCCUACACAAUUAUCACCCCUUACUACAACUAAGCAAAACAACAAUGUGGAAAAAGCUAGAGAAGUAGUUUGUACAACAUCUACAAUACCACCAUUGAUUACUCCAACUACAUUGGCAGAAGAUGUGCCAUUUACUCCUGAAGUUUCAGAUAUAGUUAAGACUGAAUUUAAGAUUGAAGAAACCAACAAUGAUAGUACACCAUGUCAGAAAAGUACCACAUCUAGGUUACUUUCAACAAAAACAGGAGAUGAUGAUGUUGUAAAAUUAAAAUUAGAAAUUUCUAUCCUAAACAAAAAAAUCAAAUCCCAAAAUAUGGAAAUAGAACAUCUAAACAAGAUACUACAAAAAUGUUUUACACCUGGACAAAUAAAAUGUUUAAAGAGAGGCAAACAAUCUACUAACAUAUCUUCGCGAAGUACAACUCCAAAGACAUAUCAAGUCAUGUCCUAUAUAAAACUUUGUGAUUUAAACGAAAAAAUUAGUAUUAAUAAAGUAAAAAGAAAAAAUAAAAUUAAGAAACUUUUAUAA